UGGAUGUCUGACUGCGUAUUUAUUUUGUUUUUACUGAAGAGAACAAUGUGCUGCGGUUAGAGCUUUUGCACUGCGCCUGGAAGAAACGCGUUCAAGAAGAAAGACAUGCCUUAUGUACUUCAUACCUGUGUCAGAUGCUAAGGUGCCAUCCCGUCCCUGCCCCAACCUCCUGAAGCAUGCUACAAGAAUGCAGCCGCUAAGCAGAAGAGAUGCUGGAGUGUGGCAUCAAACGAGAAGCCUGCUCUACAAAAAUCUUCUGAUCAAAUGGAGAACCAAGCAGCAAAGUCUCCAGGAGCUAAUCCUUCCUCUGCUCCUUUUGGGCCUCCUUGUUCUCAUUAGUAUGCUGAAUCCCCAUAUCUCUUAUGGUAGCAUCAGUACAACUGAGCUUGAUGCUGAUGAGACUUUCCAACUCAAAGGCCUCGGCUACACUCCUAUAACAAAUGUAACCAGUCAGAUUAUGGAGGAGGUGGCACAAGAGCUACAUUUACAGGACCGCUUGGAGAUGUUCUCUAGCGAGGAGGACCUGGAGAAUGCUAGCCUCUAUGAGCCACUGAGCUAUGUGGGAGUAGUGUUUCUUGAUAAGAUGUCUUAUCAGCUGCGAUUCCCCUAUAACCUGGUCCCCCUCCCCAGUGACUUCACUGAGUCAAUAGCAAGCUGUUAUGCCAACUAUUUGAACUGCCGUGCAGCAAACUACUGGUACUCUGGCUUUAUACGCCUACAGUCACUAAUCGAUGCUGCCAUAAUUCAGAUGCAAACUAAACGGUCAGUGUGGAGAGAAAUGAAUGUACAUGCAGUGAUGCUGGGUCACCCAGGCUCCGUGGAGGUCCAAAAGCUUCCACAUGCUCUCAUCUCUAUCUAUCUGGUGUUGGCCUUCACACCAUUUGUCUCAUUCCUCAUUGUCAAUGUGGCAGCUGAAAAAGAGCACCGACUUAAGGAUACUAUGAGCAUGAUGGGACUGUACGAUACUGCAUUCUGGCUCUCAUGGGGUCUUCUCUAUGCUGCCCUGGUUACCACAAUGUCUUUUCUUAUGGCUGUUAUUGCGACAUGGACCCCUCUCUUCUCCAACAGCAACUUCUUUAUCAUAUUCCUUCUCAUUUUUCUCUAUGGAAUAUCCACUAUCUUCUUCUCAUUUAUGCUGACUCCUUUGUUUAAGAAACCCAAGUUUGCAAGUACGAUGGGCUCAAUGCUUACCCUGGUAUUUGGCUCAAUGUCUCUGUUUACUGUACUGAUGAGAGAUUUUCCCCAGCCAGCUGUCUGGGUGCUUUGCCUACUCUCCCCCAGUGCCUUUUCCAUUGGUAUUGCACAGGUGGUGUAUUUAGAGGCACAGGAGGAUGGGGCAGUCUUUUCCACUCUGACUAAUGGCCCUCAUGCACUGUAUGUGCCACUGUUGAUGCUUUUUGUGGACUGCAUUCUGUAUCUGCUGCUUGCUAUUUACCUAGAGCAGGUGUUGCCAGGUGACUUUGGCAUGAGACGCUCUUUGAUUUACUUUUUGAAGCCUUCCUACUGGUCAAAACGCAGUAAGCGCUAUGUAGAAGUAAGCGCUGUGUAUGAGGCAGAAGUAAAUGGAACUCCUACAGUUGAUGAAUCAGUGGAGCCUGUUUCUCCUGAGUUUAGAGGCAAAGAGGCAAUCAGGAUAUGUAACAUCCGCAAAACCUAUAAAGGAAAGGACAACACAGUGGAGGCACUUAGAGGUUUAACUUUUGACAUCUAUGAGGGACAGAUCACAGCUCUGUUGGGUCACAGUGGAGCAGGAAAAUCUACCCUCAUGAACAUCUUAUGUGGGAUCUGCCCUCCAACAGAAGGCACUGCUACAAUUUAUGGGUCUCCAGUGGCAGAGAUAGCAGACGGAGCUGAGAUGAAGCAGCUUGUGGGGAUCUGCCCUCAGUUCAACAUUAUAUUUGACGUGCUAACUGUAGAGGAGCACCUAAAGAUCUUUGCAGCCAUUAAGGGUAUUCUGCCUGGUGACAUCAACACUGAGGUAAAGAAAGUUUUAAAAGAUCUAGACCUGGAGAAGAUCAUGGAUGCACCGGCCAAGAACCUGAGUGGUGGUCAGAAGAGAAAGCUGUCUGUGGGCAUUGCCAUUCUUGGGGAUCCUAAGAUAUUGCUCCUGGAUGAACCUACAGCAGGUAUGGACCCAGUGUCACGCCAUCAGGUGUGGUCCCUUCUGAAGAGUCGCAGAGCAGGCAGAGUUACUGUCUUAAGCACACACUAUAUGGAUGAAGCAGACAUAUUAGCAGAUCGUAAAGCAGUCAUCUCUCAAGGCCAGCUAAAAUGUGUGGGAUCCUCUCUCUACCUCAAAACCAAAUGUGGUGUUGGUUACCACCUUAGGAUGUCUGUGACUGAAACCUGUGAUGUAGACAGCCUCGUUUCGUUGGUCAAGCAACAUGUUUUGAAGGCUCAGUUGUCAAGGCAACAAGAAGCUGAACUCACAUUCACAUUGCCAUUUGAGAGCAUGGAAACAUUCCCAGGGCUGUUUGCUAAGCUUGACGAAAGGACUGACCUGGGCAUCAUUAACUAUGGUGUUUCCAUGACGACAUUAGAAGACGUGUUUCUGCGUCUGGAGGCUGAAGCCGAAGUGGACCAAGCAGACUACAGUGUGUUUAACCAGGAUAAGGUGGAAGAGGAGGGUGAUGCGUCUUCUCUGGAUGACAUGGAUCAGAGACUGCUGACGUUCUCUGAGGGCAGGAACGAUUCUGUGACUGGUCAUGCACUCUGGAGGCAGCAAUUCACCACUGUGGCCUGGCUUCAUAUACUCAACCUGCAGAGGGAGAGAAAACCCAUCAUAUACAAUGUGACGUUGUUCCUGGUGUUCUUGACUGCGGUGCUGGUUUUGUCACUGGCUACAGGAAAUAUUCAGAUCCACUCCCCUCAGAGACAGUUCCAGCCUAUUUAUCUCCUUCGGAACCAUGCAGCACCUCACAAAUAUGCCACCAGCUUGCUUGUGCUCAACUCCACAGACUCUGAUAUAUCAAGCUUCAUUCAGAACCUCAAAGCUCAGGACAUUAAGGUGGAAAUGAUGAACAAACAGGACUACAUGUCUGCUGCACCUCACAGUGCUGCCAUUAAUGUAACAGGCUCAAGUAAAGGUUUCAGUUACAGCGUAGCCUUCAACAGUACCACAGUGCAUUCUCUGCCCAUGGCUGUGAAUAUCCUAAGCAAUGCCUUGCUCAGAGGGUUAAAUGGCACUGGGCACAUCAAUGCUUGGACUAAACCUUUCGACUAUCAAAUUCCAGAUUCAACAUCAUAUGCUCUGGUUUACAUUGAGGCUGUUAUAUUGGCUAUGCUGGCAGCUGGCAUGCCAGCUUAUUUUGCGAUGGACCACACGAGAGAUAGAGAGAUAAAAUGCUGUUCAACACUACGGAUUUCUGGCCUGUUGCCGUCUGCGUACUGGUGUGGCCAGGCGGCUGUAGACAUCCCCUUCUACUACCUCAUCCUUAUCUGCAUGACCAGCACGUUGUUUGCCUUUCACUCCACAAACCUGCUCUCCGACAGUAACAUAUUGGCAGUGAUUCUCUGUCUCAUUGGAUUCUGUCCAGCCAUAAUCCUUUUUACGUAUUGUGUCUCGUUCAUGUUCGCCAAAGUCCAGAGCAACAGAGACUUCUUCUCCGUCGUCUCUAUGAUGGUUUGUGUUGUCUCUGCUUCUGUAGUCCAGCUGGCUUUUGUGAAUGAAAGUCCUGCACUGACACGUCUACUACAUAAUGCAUUAUGUUUUUUCAACCCACUGUACCCUCUAAUGGGCUGCCUUAAUUGCAUUACCAAGGCCACGUUCUUUCUGACUUUCCAUGAGGAGUUCCUGUGGAAAAAUCUACUUAUUGCUGUUAUAGCUCCCUAUUUCCAGUGCAUUUUGCUGCUCUUCUUGCUGCGAUGGUUGGAGAUCCGCUAUGGUGGCCAAACUAUGAAAAAUGACCAGCUGUGCAGAAUUUCCAGCAAAUCCAAAGGUAAAGUGCAGCGGAACCCGGAAGAAAAUGUUGAUGAGGAUGAGGAUGUUUUGGUGGAAAAGGCUCGAGUAAAGGAGGCCCUCACCUGUCAGUGCUGUGAAGAGAAACCAGCAGUGGUUGUGAGUAAUCUGAGAAAGGAGUAUUUGGCCAAGAGAGAGGCCUUCUCCCUUAGUAAGAAGAAAAGAGUGGCAGCCAAGAACAUCUCAUUUUGCGUUCGGAAGGGUGAGGUCCUGGGGCUGUUGGGACCUAAUGGAGCAGGAAAAAGCACCAUCAUGCACAUGCUUUCUGGAGAGUCAACUCCCACUGCAGGACAAAUUUUGAUGGGAGACUAUGGCACAGAGUUCAGACCUGUGGAUAACCCACUGGAGCACAUCGGUUACUGCCCUCAGGUGAACUCACUUUGGCCUCGGAUCACUCUGCAAGAGCAUCUUGAGAUCUAUGCUGCCAUCAAAGGCUUACACCACCAUGAAGUACCUGGCAUUAUCAGGCGUGUGGUUAAUGCACUGGAGUUGAAGGAGCAUGUACAUAAACAGGCUAAAAAUUUGUCUGCUGGCCUUAAGAGAAAGUUGUGUUUUGCUCUUAGCAUGUUGGGAAACCCACAAAUUGUUCUUCUAGAUGAACCUUCAGCUGGAAUGGACCCUAAGUCUAAGCAGCGCAUGUGGAGAGCAAUGCGUGUGGCUUUUAAGAACAAACAGCGUGGCGCCAUCUUGACAACUCAUUACAUGGAGGAGGCAGAAGCUGUGUGUGACAGAGUGGCUAUUAUGGUCGCAGGGCAACUACGGUGUAUUGGCUCCAUACAGCACCUAAAGGGGAAGUACGGUCGAGGAUAUAGUCUGGAGAUCAAUCUUCGAGAAGAGCUCACAGGCCUCCAGCAGGUGGCACUACUGCACAAGGAGAUACUCAGAAUCUUUCCUCACGCAGCACGCCAGGAGAGUUUUGCCACCCUAAUGGUGUAUAAGAUUCCCAUGGAGGAUGUGAAGUCACUGGCCAAUGCUUUUGCUCAGUUAGAAAGUGCUAAGCGAGACUUCUGUUUUGCUGAAUACAACUUUUCUCAAUCAACUCUUGAGCAGGUUUUUAUGGAGUUUGCUAAAGAGCAGGAGAAUGAGGAGGAAGAAGUGGGCUCUCUUAGCACAACCUUCCAGUGGCAAAGGCUCCCACAGGACGGCAGAGCAUCUAUCAAUCACGCCGAUAGCAUUGUGCACCAGCUGUGAGCCAGCAGUUUCAGCCAUCUCUGAUUUUCAUAAUUUUCUUGUGGCUCACUGUACAUGUGCUAGCUUCUUUACUCCAAAUAGUAGGCGCCCCCUGUAUAAGGUCCUACAAUUAUGAGGUCUUUCGGAUUCUCGUGGAGUGACACUGGCGCUGACACAUCCAGCAUGAUUGCAGUAUGUAUGUCACUUACUUGUGCUGGCAUUUUAAAAAAAAAAGAGAAUUUGUUUUAUUUUUGAAUUCUGACCUGAUUCGGAUUAGAACAGGAGUUUUGGAUUUCGCUGUCUUGAAUCAUGAACAUGAAGCACAACUUGAAAUAGUUGGUUACUAAACUUUCUCACAACACUGAAAAGGUGCUUUUUCUCGUAGCAUGAGAUUUUUAUUCUAGAAUUAUACAAUACAGGAAGGUAAUCUACAUCAUAUUUUCAGGAUUUGAUGCAUGUGCUUGAAGCUUCACAAGCACAGGGAAGCUACAGAGGAGGAAACUUUGUAGCUGCAUUGCUCAGCCUCAAAGCUGUUUUUUUCUGGCUUUGUUGGUGCACAACAGCACAGCUGCUGACCUAUACCAGCAUGUGGAGACUGAUUCACACCCCAACCAUGAGGCAUGAGGAGUGUCCUCUGUCUCUGCUGCACCAGAGGAGCUCUCAAACUCCUUUUCAACACCAGCAUGUGCUUCAGACCCUGAGAUGUCCAGCUAUCCAAAGAUGGGCUCCUGAUUAAGGCAUGGACCUGCACACAUAAAAAGGGACUGAAUUGCAAAUUAUUUUAUGAAAUAACGUUUUUUCCUCAAGGUCUUGCUUUUUUUUUUUAAACCUGCCUGUGGCCUUCCUGUAGAAAAGCUUAAGUGUUGUAAAUGAUUAAAUAUAGAAUGUAGUUUCCCAUGCACUCCACUAAGACGCAUGUAGCACUCCCGAUUUAGAAGAAGCUGAAACGUGGCCUCGAGCUGAUGUUGAUGGCUUUGAUGUCAGACAGCUCUGUUCCGUAACUGUUUUAAUGAUUUAAAAUGUCUUCAGAGCAAGGCAUUGAGAGCAUGAUGCAACUGUGAUGGUAUCUGAUGAUGUGUAUGGUACCCUCUGUUUAAUUAUAUUUUGCAAAGAUUAUGUUUAUAUGAGCUUUAAAGAGAAGAAAUUGUUUUAAAUUCAGGUUUGGGAGUUUAUUUUUUACCGCAUAUUAAAAUUGUCAUUAUUUA